ACCUCACCGCGGGAGGACGCUUGGACGUUAACAUUUCAAGUUUAUUAUUACACAUUUACGUAAAUUGCGUAUAAAGUUAAUGUACAUAAAACUAAUUAAAAUUAUGAAGUGGUAAAUCAGUGAACAAGUGUAAUCUGUGCUAACACUGUUUGUGUGUUUUAGUUUUGUCGUGAUUUUCUGGUCAAAAUUACGAGCAAUACUUUUAACGGAACCUUUCCUAUUUGUCUGGAUUUCAUUGGUUGUUUUGUUAUUUUUUAUAUAUCAACUGGCAUCACUUAACCUCGCCGUUAUAUUCAUCCUGGACGCUAAGUGAAGCUACUCGUGAUGCAGCACUGACAAGGCGUGAUGAUGCGGCUCGACGAGAAGCAGCAUCGCUACCACAACCUACUUGAUGACGACCAUGCCAAUGAAAUGCUAGAAAGUGAAGGUGCUGGGCUGGCGGCGAGGGUUGCAGAACUUGAAGUCAGGUGUUCAAGACAAGCCGAGGAGCUGUUAUGUCUGAGAUCCACCCUCGCGGAUGCUCUGCGAAGGCUGAACGCUAUCGAGGGCAGGACACCUACUACCACUUCCAGUACAACACAAAGGAAUGGAGGCACUUACACCGCACCAACAGGAACUCCAACUAGAGAACUGAGGAUCCGACAGCCGACGUACAGAGAAUCCGUGAAACGUACUUCGAGCUACGGUUCUAACACAUCUUCUUUAUCACAGAGGCGAGGCCCUCAGCAUCAGUCAACUGGUUCUCUCCAGUCCGACUCGCCCGCGUCCUCGUCGUCCCUAUCACCAGCCCCGUCUCCAUCGCCCCGGGCCACCCCCGCACCACCACAUCUGAACUACAGAUCGCGCAAUAACUCCUCAAGCAGCAACCCGACCACCACCAGCCUCACCAAGAGAUGGAACAGCACAGGAGACUUCAACACCCAGGGACUGCUGCCGGCCUCCAGGUUUACAAGCACCAAGUCGUUGCUAAAUUUGUAUUCUAAGCCAUCACAAAAUGGACCGAUCUUGAAACACGGCACCCACACCUGUCAGUACAAUGAGGAGGAGGGCUCCAUGAGGAUGUUCAUCAGGGGUCGCCCGGUGGUCAUGUACGGCCCCAGCGACCACGAGAACCUGGACCCAGCGAAGGUAGCGCCACCGCCGCAGAGCAAGCUCAAGUUAGAGUGGGUCUACGGAUACAGAGGCAAGGAUUGCAGGAGUAACCUGUACAUGCUGCCGACCGGGGAGAUGGUUUACUUCGUGGCGGCGGUGGUGGUGCUGUUCAAUGUGGAGGAGCAGUGCCAGAGACAUUACACGGGACACACCGACGACGUCAAGAGCAUCGCCAUACAUCCCAACAAGCUGGUCAUAGCGAGUGGCCAGUGCGCGGGACACGACCGACUCGACGCCAGGCCCCACGUCCGCGUAUGGAACUCCGUGUCCCUGGCGACCCUGGCGGUGGUGGGUGCGGGCAGCCUGGAGCGUGCGGUGAGCUGCCUCAGCUUCUCCCGGGCUGACGGAGGGAAUCUGCUGGCGGUCGUGGACGAGGGCGCGGACCGAGUGCUGUCCGUGUGGGACUGGCAGAGGGCGGAUAGAGGAUGUCUGGCUGAGACCAAGUGUUCCGUGGACACGGUCAUAGCGGCGGAGUUCCACCCUCUAGACCGGAACCAGAUCGUGACGUGCGGCAAGGGACACAUAGCCUUCUGGACCCUGGACGCCUCCAACGUGCUCUACAAACGUAUGGGAGUGUUCGACACCAGGGACAAACCCAAAUACGUCACAUGCCUCGGAUUCAACCAUAACGGUGACGUCAUAUCUGGUGACUCGUCCGGCUCGCUGACCGUGUGGUCCCGCGGCACAUCCGUAGCGUCCCGCACGGUCCGCGGCGCUCACUCGGGCGGCGUGUUCUCGGUGUGCGCCCUGAGGGAGGGCGGGCUGCUGUCGGCGGGCGGGAAGGAUGGGCGGAUCGUGCUCUUCGACGACGAACUCAACGCGACCGGCACGGAGGCUGUCAUCGAGGGUCACUACGGCGGCGUGCGCGUGGUGUCCGAGGGUCGCGGCCGACUGCUCGUGGGCACCACCAGGAACUGCAUCCUCGUGGGAGACCUGCAGCUGGGCUUCACACCCGCCGUGCUCGGUCACGUGGACGAGGUUUGGGGCCUGGCGACUCACCCGUGUCUGCCGCAGUUCGUUUCAGCGGGCUGGGACCGCCUUCUCCAGCUCUGGGACGGGAUGAGUCACUCCACCGUGUGGAGUAAAGACAUUGAUGAGCGUGCCCAGUGCUGCGCUUGGUCGUCUGACGGAGGUGUAGUGGCGGUCGGCGGCUGUUCCGGGAGGUGGAUGGUGUACGACCCUCAAACGAGGGCGCUCCUCGCGGACCACAGAGACGGGUCGGAGCCGAUCCAGACUAUCGUGUAUUCCCCCAACAACCAAAUGGUGGCGCUCGGAGCUAGAGAUAAUUUCAUCUACAUCUACCAGGUGGACGACCAGGGAGCCAGGUACUCCAGGCUGGGGAAGUGUGUUGGUCAUUCGAGUUUCAUAACACACCUGGACUGGUCCGAGGACAGCCAGUACCUCAGGAGCAACUCCGGAGACUACGAGCUGCUGUAUUGGAACGCCAGCACGUGCCGCCAGGUGACGUCACCGACUUCAAUGCGUGAUAUCACGUGGGCGAGCAACCACUGCCCGAUCACGUUCACCACCGUGGGCGUGUGGCCAGAGGGCGCCGACGGGACGGAUAUCAACUCCUGUGACAAGUCCAGCGACAACCGCCUGGCGGUGACCGGCGACGACUUCGGCAAAGUGAAACUCUACGCGUACCCGGUCACACAACCCAAGAGCGUGUGCGCCACGUACGGCGGCCACUCGUCGCACGUGUCGUGCGUGCGCUUCUCGAGUGACGGGACGCGCGUGCUGUCGGCGGGCGGCCGCGACGCCGCGCUGAUGCAGUGGGCCGUCGAGUGACCUUGACCUCGCGACGCUUUCAAUAUAAUGACAUGUAUGAGUCUCGCGAGCACACAUAGUUACAGAUUCACUACGCGAUCAAGUAAUAUUCUAUCCCACGUGUCUAUGAGACACUCUCAGGUCAAAGUGAUAUAAACCGCGUAGUGAAUCUGUAUAGUGUAGUUCUUUUUUUAACCAUAAAAGGUCUGUCAGUUUUCAAAUGUUUCUCGGAGUGUUUUAGUCCUAGGGGAUAGUUUUUGUGAAGUGCCUUCGAUCUGCUUGGGAUCUUUCACCCUUGUCUGCGAUGGUGAACCUGAUGAUUCAUCAACGAUAUAUUUCAAGCUGCUCACUUAGAGCUCUAUCUUUAUUUAAAUUAUUCUACUCUCGACACAGGCUUCUCCUGCGACGCCUCGCGUUUUGAUGUCAAGUCGGUGUCGUCUUUACCUUAAAUAAAAAAUUUAAAACACUGGCAAACAUAUAUUUCCUGUGCUUGCACUUCACAUAUUUAUCGACGUUCCAAGUUAUAAAGGCUUCGCCCGCUGUGUGUGGACUCGAUGAACUGUCUUUUCUUAAUUGUCUUCUUUGGUACAAAAUUAAGUUAAUUUAUUUAAGGUUUAGUCUAAUGUCUUAUCAUUUAUUACAAUAUAAUUCAUGUAAGUUUUAAUUUUUUUUUAAGUUGUGGUAUUUUUUCGAUGUAAGCGAUUACAAAAUAAAAAUAUUAUUUAAGACAAAUUAAUAAUAUCCAAUAUUUUAGUUGUGUUUUAAGGCUUUUAUAAUUUUCGAUUUAUAAUAAUUAUUUAUGUGGUUAGCGUGGUUGUGAUAAUGAAGGGUCUGAACGAACUUAAACAGGCAUUCCGUCGAAUUAUCUGCUUCUAAGUAUUAUUUUAUAUGGCAACAAUGAUAUAUUUUAGUUUAUUCUAUACACUUGUAACACUAUACCUUAGCUUUUGCGCCAGUUUUUAUAAAACGAACGAUGUUUGUUGCACUUUUAUAUUUAUAAUCUGUGCUGAUCAAGAUUAAUGAGACUUAUUAUUAUUUUUCUUCCCGAGUGUCGGAUUAGUUAUUGUGUAGCACAAGACACUGCUAUCGAUAUAUAUAAAUCGGUUUUCUACACAUUUUUUUAUAAGAUGGGAAAAUUCUUUAGGCGUAAUCAUUAGUAACCUAGUCACGUAUGUUCUUUCUGUUUACUCCCCCUCUAUUUGUAAACUACCUGUAUAUAUAAUGUAUGCGAACGCUGUCCUCUGAACGUGCCUCUAAUAAAAACCGUUUACUGA